GCUGGCAACCAGUCUGAGCUGACACAGCCACACAUAAAAGCCAAAGAGGGCCUUGGGCUCUCUUCCCUCAAUACAGAAGCUGUUGGACCAAAGUACUGUGGAAACUGCAUGGUCUAGGGGACACGAAGCCGGGCAGCUUUUUCUCCUGCCUCCCUUCUGCGCUCAUCUUUACUGCUUAAGACACAAGGAGAAAUGUAACAACGAGCAGCUCUGGGAAUUCACGUUUCUUGGCAGAAGUUCUGUGGAGCGCACCCCGAUAGCUGGUAACUUGGACCACAUUCAGGCUGUGGGUGGCCGAUGAGUCUGCACAGUCCAUACUGAGUGCUCACAGAGAACACUAUCAGCAGAGGGAAUGUUCAACUACCUCCGGAAACGCUUUACCAGCCACAUCAGAGAACGCAACCGACGAAGAGCAAGGCUUGUCUCUAAAGAUGGAAGGUGUAACAUAGAGUUUGGCAAUGUAGAACAGUCAAGGUUUGUCUUUUUGAUUGAUAUAUGGACAACUAUCCUGGAUCUCAGAUGGAGAUACAAAAUGACUAUCUUCAUUUCAGCAUUCUUAGGUAGCUGGUUUCUAUUUGGUCUCCUCUGGUACGUUGUGGCAUACAUACACAAAGAUCUUCCAGAAUUCAAUCCUUCCAUAAAUCACACCCCCUGCGUUGAGAAUAUCAACGGCCUGACUUCAGCUUUCCUGUUCUCCUUAGAGACCCAGGUAACCAUUGGUUAUGGCUUCAGAUGUGUCACAGAACAAUGUGCCACUGCCAUUUUCCUGCUCAUCUUCCAGUCUAUCCUGGGGGUAAUCAUCAAUUCUUUCAUGUGUGGUGCCAUCUUGGCCAAGAUAUCAAGGUCCAAGAACCGAGCUAAGACCAUCACCUUCAGCAAGAAUGCUGUCAUCAGCAAGCGUGGUGGGAAGCUCUGCCUCCUUAUUCGGGUGGCAAACCUCAGGAAAAGUCUGCUGAUUGGGAGCCACAUCUAUGGAAAGCUUCUGAAGACCACCAUCACCCCGGAAGGAGAAACAAUCAUUUUGGACCAAGUCAACAUAGAAUUUGUAGUUGAUGCUGGCAACGAGAAUCUCUUCUUCAUUUCCCCAUUAACUAUUUAUCACAUCAUAGAUAAGAACAGCCCAUUCUUCCACAUGGCAGCAGAAACCAUUCUGCAGCAAGAUUUUGAACUGGUGGUGUUUUUAGAUGGCACUGUUGAAGCCACUAGCGCUACCUGUCAAGUGAGGACAUCCUACAUCCCCGAAGAGGUGCUCUGGGGUUAUCGCUUUGCUCCCAUUGUGUCUAAGACUAAAGAAGGGAAAUACAGAGUAGACUUCCAGAACUUCAGCAAGACAGUGGCUGUGGAGACUCCCCACUGUGCCUUCUGCCUCUACAAUGAGAAAGAAGCUAAAGCCAAAGAGAAGAAAGGUUACGACAAUCCUGGUUUUGUCUUGUCAGAAGUUAGUGAAACCAGUGACACAAAAAUGUAGUUCCAGAUGUUGAUGGGACUGUAUCUUUUUUUCAUAAUGAAUUCAAUCUUGAGAGGAUUAAUAACUUAGUACAAUAAAAAAGAAACACAGGUUUCUUUUCACUCUAAAACAGCAUUUAUCUUCUCAAAAGCCUCAAAUCAAAGAGGAACAGAAUACCAGUGAUCUCCAGAACACUAUUUAACUACACUAUUUCAUAGAAUUUAUAUUUUUUAUACCUAUGGGACAUUUAAUGAAGCUGCUAUGUUGGAUUGUCCAAUGCACUUAAGUUCCCAGAGGUAUGCAAGUCUGUUAAAAAGUCUGAAAAGACAGAGAGAAACGUCAGGUCAUGUUAAAGAUACACAGCUGUUGGGAAGAGAACAUGAAAAGAGGAGACAAGGCAAAGCUAAAGAAACCCAAGGGACUUAGGAGCCAAAAAUCUAUAAAUAAAUAAAUAAAUGUAUGUUUCUGGUUGCCAAAGUCCUCUAUGAAAGCAGACACUCUGGCUCCAGAACACUUGAGCACUUUUGAACAUUUUGAAACAAUUCCUUCUUUCUUUGAGGCUGGUACAUCUACAGAAGUGGAGCAUUAAGGGAUGGUACAUGCUCAGGAAACUGGAAAAGGCAAAGCUUGGGCCAUCCUGCUGCACCUAGGACUCUACAAUACAACUUCUUGCUGGUGAAGACCUUUGAUUCCUUUCAGGGAAAAAUAGCCAAAUGGAAACAAAAAGUGAAAAAACACGGAGAAGCAAAGAGGAAUUUUGCAGCUUAUUCCUAACUGUCUCACCCUUCAGAUACUCUCCACUUCUCCAGGAGCUGGCUAACUGUGAAAUUAGGAAACUUCUGAAGACAACUGUCCAGAAAGAAGGUGAGCCACAGUGGGGAGAUGAAGAACAUAUUUGUUGCUACCUGUCAGAAGAGCAAUCCACUGGGAGAAGAGAGGAAAUUCCCAGCUCUAGAUGUAUCCUUCAAAAAAAAUCCACAAUGCAAACACAGAUUAUCUUUUGCUCUGAAGCAUGAAGGUCUCGUUAAAACAAAAACAUGGCACAGGAGCCUCCCACAAACAGUGGGCUUCAGAUUUACUUCCAAACCAUUCCGCUCACCACAGCAAAAUGUGGUUCCCUCCAGGAAGCAAGUUCUGCUCAGUGGUAGCUAAGUAGUGGCGAACAUUUUCCGGGUAUGAUUUUUGACAUUGAAGUUUCAAAUGCAACAAGAAGCUUCUAUAACUUUUUGGUGAAUUUCCAUUUCCUCACAGCCUUUUUUAUUCCCCCGACUAGUUCUUUUGCUGAGAGUUCAAGUGGCAGACCAAAGAGAGAGGUUUUUUGGGAACUCUUCCCAGUGAUGUAAUUCAGCUCAUCUAUUUUCAACACCACUGCGGUAAAAUGGAAGCAUCUUUUUAAAAGCUGCUAGACGGAGCCGUUUUAAAAAAAAAAAGGGGAGAGCUAAGCAGGUCAAAUGAUGACAAGACAAAGGUAUUUUGCAAAUGAACAUGAUGUGAGUAUGGAAAUCAAACUCUAGGAACCAAGAGUGUUUGGGUCUCAGUCCCAGUGUGGUAUCAACUCCUUCGUUGGUUCAGAACAAAUCACUUUAGUAUGUAUCUCAGAUUUGCCAUCUGUAACACAGGACAUAAAGUACUUACACUGUACAAAGAGCAAUGUUAUGAACAAUUAUGUCACUAAAGCACUUUAAAAGCCAACUCUCAACUGUCUGUCUUUCCUCUCUUCAAUGCACCACUGUUACACCCUUCUUCACUUCAACCAGAAAGGUCGGCACCCGAAGUUCUGUUCUCAUCACACACCAGAAUUACUAAAAAUGGCCACACCAUAGCUAGAACUAUGGAAUGUGAGAACCACCACCCGAAACCUUGUAAUUCACAGAUAUUGUCCGAUAUUUUAAGUGUACUCUUUUUGCAACCUUGCAAAAUAACAUUGUCAACCAUAAAAAUGUUUUUACAGUCCAAAUCACUACAGCCUCUGAGCCCCUCCAACCAUUCGUCCAUCUCAGAUUGCCUGCUUGGAAGGACAGCUGUUUUAUCCUCCGCUCUGAAUGGCACACCAAAGCCACCCAAACAGCCAGUGAUUAGUGGCCAUCCACAGAAAUCUAGGAGAGAGAAGGGAAGUGAAAUGAAGUCUCAAGAGUGCCACAGGCUUGUCUGAACCAAAAGGCUACUGUGCUGCUCUGCCCUUCCAUAGCUGCUGCUGCAUUUCCUUUAUAGGCUUCCCGUACAGUUGCCCUGUGUGUCACUUCCCCGGAAAGCAGCACUGUCAGUAUUCAUGGCUUACAAGUUACCCCUCUUACCCCUGGGAGAAGAGAUGCGCCAAGAUGCCCUAAUAGAAGUAGAAAGAUAGUCCUCACUGUACAAAAAAAAGCAAGUCAAUAGGAAAUCCAUUUAAAAGGUGAAACCCAGCUAUGCAGUGAGGAGACAGGAAAGAUUCCUAUUUUCUUUGAGUAAAGCUGGUUUGGGAUGUCAGUGCUGGGGCGGGGGUGGGAAGCAAAUAAUACUACCCGAGUGCCCGUCCAUCCUCCAAAGUUUAAGGAUCCCUAAACAAUGCACUUUCAGAGGCACUGCCCUUGGAAAGGCAUUGCAAAACCCUAAGCCUGUAAGCUCCUGACCCAGCUUUUCUAAGCUCUUACCCUGUGUCUCUAGAGCACAAGCCUGAGGAGGUGUUAUUCCAUGUCUAGAAGUAUUGAGCACUACCACAACUCAAAGAGAAGAUACUUGAUCUCACUGCAGGGAUGCUGGCCUGUUGUUCAGUCCAUUCUAACAGUUACACCUGCCUCAAAAGCUCGCGACGCUGCCCACAGUAAGGGGAGGGCGACUGUAUUCUUGUGCGUUUUUUGGUGUUACAGAGCGGGGACUGGCUAGUGCAUGAACAGAGAAAAUACGAGGGGGACAUGUCCACGUUGACAGGGCCAUGGCUGAGCUAUCAAGCUUAGAGGGCGACCAUACUGGGACCUAAAUGGGAAUCUAGGAAUAAAACUCUCCUCCCACGAGCCUGCUGCUGAUUGUCACUUCAGGAAACGCCUGCCAGUCCCCGGCUGCCAGCAGUGCACCGGGCAGGAGAUAGAGCUGCAGUCAGAGCCCAGCAGCAGGAGAACAAUGAGUGGAAUUUCCUCUUUCUGUCCGGAGAGGGCUGUUUGUCACCAGAGAGAUAAAGGCCCAGGGCAGGGGAAAAAGGGUUAUCGGGAGACAGGCCGCACGCAGUGCCACUCAGGACAGACUCCAUAGGAAAUCUAUUUUAGGGGCUGUCACCCCUACUGCCAUUAAAAGAAAGUUCAGUUAAGAGGAUGAAAAUAAAUUUAAUCUUGCUGAGCAGAAGUGGCUGGAGGGAACCACAGACCCGAUACUGGAAAACAAAGACUGGUUUCUUUACCCGUGACACGGUUUCAUUUUUACAUCUCCACAGCACUCUUCUCAAGCCUUAGGGUUCUCUUCUCCCUCUCUGUCCACCCAGUCUGCAGGCUGCCCAUGCUGUCGCAGCAACAAUUAGUCCUUUCCACAAAGCAGAACGUGCUAUGGAGGCCAACAGCCUCAUCGGUACAAAGCAAAGGACCGAAGAGAAAGUCCUGUCUCUUCAGGAGAAGAAAUCAGAGCGUGUACUUAUUGCUGGGUUAAUGCCUAAAGGAUUUAGCUGUGGAAGUGUUAGCCAAGCAGCUAGGCUUGGGAAUAAUGUGUCUGCACUAAACUUAAUUUAUCUUCUCAUUUCACAAACAACAUGUUUCUUCUACUGUAUUUAUUUUAAACAUUCAUUCAAGCUGUGCAUAAUAUUUCAAUCGUUUUGAAAGAGAUUUACCCUCCUGCUGGCAAAUGAAUAAGGCAUCCUGCUGACUGCUGGAGAAAGGGCCAUGAAUUAAAAUAACUGCUUUUAGUAAACUGACACGUGCUAGUUAGCUGUCUCUACACACUCUUUGGUAGUGACUGGUGAAGAGAGACCCCUAAAUAAUAAUAAUAAAAAACCCAAACCCUGGCAAACCGCGUAGAUACUCGUACUGACUUGCAUUGUUGGAACGUGGCAGACCACUGCUAACCAGCUUGCAGCAACUGCCUGGGUAAUGUCUGCAUGUGCACGCUUCCUUGUAAACUCGACUACUCACCCAUAAACA